GCAUUUGACGAUGUUGAACGUAAAGUUCGUGAACCAGAAUCCGAGACCAAAUAUCGUGCUCCGGUUGAAGAACCAUUGGUGAAGAAAUCGCUUGCUGAAGUAUAUGAGGAGCAAUAUCAAAAAACACAGCAAGGAGAAACAAACGAAGUGAAGAAAGAUGAGAAAGUGGCGAAUAUUGAGAAGUUAAUGGACGAUUUGUUUAAGAAGCUUGAUGCACUCUCGCAUUACAAAUACAUUCCACCUGAGGUACGACCUGAAGUGCGUAUUGUGAGUAAUAUAGCAUCGUUGCGUAAAGAAGAGGUUGGUCCGAUGGCAUCAACAGAUGAUGUGUUGAUGGCACCUGAAGAGGUGAAAAGACAUGAGAAAGGUGAACUGAAAAGUAAGGAGGAAAGAAGCGAUACGGAUCGUGCAAGGGAACGACGAAAGAAAAAGAAGAUGCAACGAAUGAGUGAACUCAAGAAGAGACUUCAUGACGGAGAACAACAAGGAGGUGAUGAGAGGAUGACGACUGAGGGAGAACCGAAAAAGAAAAAGAAGAAGAAGCUAGGAAAAGGGAGUGAGUUUGAUGGAGGCAGCACUGGUGGUGUUGCAAGCGAAAAUAUCAAAUCUACAACAUUCUUUAAGAAGCUGCAGCAAACCGUUCAGUCCGAGGUGAGUGCUUAUNCCGUUCAGUCCGAGGUGAGUGCUUAUGAAUUCAGCGAUUGA